GACUACAUCACCACAAAUCAUCUCUUCCCCGUCGAUCAAACUUUUGAAAUUUCCAGUCGAAACAAAAACUGAAAACUAAUGGCGGUUUCGAAUUCUCUAACUGUCUCUCCGAGAAAACUCCGGUCUGAUCUCUACUCUUAUUCCAACCAAGACAAUCCCGAGAUACCUCUUGUUAUCUCUGUUUUAUCGUCUCUGAUCGAUCGAACUCUAACUCGGAACCAGAGGAUUAGCCGGAGAGCCUCGCCAUCUUCGUCUUCCUCCGCCGCCGGUUGCAAAACCCAGAUCUUCGAUUGCCGUGAAAUCCCCGAUAUGACCAUCCAAUCGUACCUAGAGAGGAUUUUCCGGUACACUAAAGCCGGUCCCUCGGUCUACGUGGUGGCUUAUGUCUACAUUGACCGGUUCUGUCAAACCAAUCCCGGUUUUAGAAUCAGUCUCACCAAUGUACAUCGACUCCUCAUCACCACCAUCAUGAUCGCUUCUAAAUACGUCGAAGAUUUGAAUUACAGAAAUUCAUAUUUCGCCAAAGUAGGUGGAUUAGAGACAGAGGAUUUGAACAGAUUAGAGUUAAAGUUUCUGUUCUUGAUGGGAUUCAAGCUACAUGUUAAUGUGAGUGUGUUCGAGAGUUAUUGUUGUCAUCUUGAAAGAGAGGUUAGCUUUGGAGGAGGUUAUCAGAUUGAGAAGGCAUUACGUUGCGCCGAAGAAAUCAAAUCUAGACAAAUGAUCGUUCAAGAUCCUAAACAUCAUCAUCAUCAUCAGUUUGCUCGAAUCUUGUUGUAG